AUGAGCUCAGGAGCCACAGCCUCAAUGGGAAGGUGUCUUGCUUUUGAUCUCUGCAGGGCAAUGCUUCUGUUUCAGCUGUGGGCAGCUGGAGUGUCCGAGACGCAGAUGAACGUGAAGAGAGUCUUGUCCACUCAGCCUGUGCGGACAGAGCCCCUGGUGAACUGCCCCCUCUUCUGGUCAGAGUUCCGUGGAUGCUGCUACCGAUACUUCCCUGUUAACAAAACCUGGGUGGAGGCUGAGCUGCACUGUGCUCAAUUCUCCAAUGGGGUAAACUCUGCAAAGCUGGUGUCCAUCCACAGCUGGGAAGAAAACACUUUUGUGUUUGAUCUGGUGAACAGCAUUGUCCUUGAUUUUCCAACAGGAAUCUGGAUUGGACUGCAUGACCGGAGAAAGGAGAGCAACUUUGAGUGGUCAGACGGUUCCUUUUACACUUUCAGCUACUGGGAUGAGAGCCAGCCUGACGACGAGGCGAAUCUGGGGCAGAGCGAGGACUGUGUGGAGAUGGGGUCCACGGCUUCCACGGCUCUGAGAUCCUGGAAUGACAUCACUUGUGGACGCUCCCUCCCCUUCGUUUGCAAAGUAGCCUCACUUUCCAGCUAAAUGGCCAGGCUUCAUCUGAUUGGGUAACAAAUCAAGCACAGCACCAACUUCCUGCGACAUCACAAAAGGCAUUGACCGUUUCUCUCCUCUGUUUAGUUAUAAUGUAGGAAUGGAUGUGCACCCAUGUGAAAUAUAUGAAGUCUAUAAUAUUUAAUUUCCUCUUCCUAUCUUCUAUUAAGGGUAUUCUCUAUCAUACCCUGGUGUUGCUUCUGUUGUGAUCAUGGUUUACAAUAAUAACUUCAGCGUUCUGGCAAUGUCAUUUGAAAAGCUAAUCUGGUAAAUGGAACAUUUCUACACAGAUGCUGUCAAAGGGGACAGAAAUUACAGUUGCACACUACCCGAAAUGUUUGUCUACUUGUCCCUACAAUCAAUGAUUGGGUAUUGGGAAUUAUCGAUGAAAUGUGAUUUUUUUUUUUGUUAUUUAAUAUUGAUAUUGUUAUAUUUUCUAUUCCUGUUUCUGUUAAAAUAGAAAAAAAUAAUCAACAGGGUUUUAAAAAAACAAGCAGUUGCUUUCUGUUUCUGUUUUAAAAUGAUGUUGCAUCUGUUACACAAUCAUACUGUAGCAUCUCUCAGGUUCAUGGGAGGGAAGCUGUAACACACAAAAAGGCUGCUACAACGACCUGAUAUAUUAUUAUUUAUUUCUUAGCAGACGCCCUUAUCCAGGGCGACUUACAAUUGUUACAAGAUAUCACAUUAUUUUUACAUACAAUUCCCCAUUUAUACAGUUGGGUUUUUACUGGAGCAAUCUAGGUAAAGUACCUUGCUCAAGGGUACAGCAGCAGUGUCCCCCACUGGGGAUUGAACCCACGACCCUCUGGUCAAGAGUCCAGAGCCCUAACCACUGCU